GUGAAGCAUUAAGAGAGAGAGACAGAACGAGAAAGUCCACUCUGAGGCCAGGUGUUCAGAGGGUGCUGCGCCAUGCAGUGGGUCUGGGUCCUGGGCACCCUCCUGGCACUGGGGUCCCUCGAUGCUGGGAAAGGCCGGAAGGGCCUGGGGAAGAAAGAGAAAGCAGGCAGGCCAGAUGCCCAGGCAGAGGAACAAGAGAGAGAGUCUCUUAUGCUUAAGCACCUACAAGAGGCUCUGGAGCUGUCCCCUUUCCAAGGGCCAGAAAGCCCCACUGGAACUUCUGAGGGGGAGGGUGCCCUGGGACAGGAAGAUGAGGAAGAAGCCAUCGUGACUCCCAGCCCCGCUCCUUCCCCAACACCCGAGGAUGCGAUCUCCUAUGUCUUGGGUCGCCUAACGGGGCUGGAUUCUGGGCUGCAUCAGCUACAUGUCAGGCUCUACACUUUGGAUGCCCGGGUGGCAGAGCUGUCUCGGGGGCUACAGCUACUGAGGAAAGAGGCCAGAGACACUCGGGAAGCCCUGGAGGCCCUGGAGGAAGCCCAGAAGCAGGGGCGGCGAGACCGAGGGCGUCUGGAGGGCUGCCUGAAAGGUCUCCGCCUGGGCCACAAGUGUUUCCUCCUAUUCCGGGAUUUCCAGGCCCAGAGUGCAGCCCAUGCCCAUUGUGGGGCACGUGGGGGCAGCCUGGCCAUGCCUGCUGAUCGGGCCCAGAUGGAAGGCCUGACUCGAUACCUUAAGGCUGCUCUGGCCCCCUACAACUGGCCCGUGUGGCUGGGCAUUCAUGACCGGAGGGCAGAAGGCCUUUACCUCUUUGAGAACAGCCAACGGGUCUCCUUCUUUGCGUGGCAUCGAGCCCCGCUCAUGGAUGGCCCAGGGGCUCCUACUCCUCAUGGUCCAGGCCACCCUGCCCUGGGACCUGACCAACCCAACGGUCGAGAACAAGAGAAUUGCGUGGCCCAGGCUUCAGAUGACGGCUCCUGGUGGGACCAUGACUGUGAGAGACGAUUCUAUUAUGUCUGUGAAUUUCCCCAGUAGGGCUACAGACUCUGGCCCUCUGUGUCCUCCCCCACCCCUCCUCCUCCCCUCCUCCUGGGAUCUCUUCUCCGAGUGUCCUCCCUCCCUCUCUCUUACCCUCCCUGAUGCCUUCCUCAAUAACCUCUUCCUCCCCUGAAACAGCCUUUCCUACACCACUACCCGGCUUCUUCCAGAGUACCCCAAGGGUGCCCCAAGCUUCCUCUCCCUCUUUGGGGAGUGCUUUCCCUUCCUUUUAAGGGAGUGCUCCAGGGCUCACCUUUCAAGACCCAGCUCAAGCCCACCUGGGCCAUCUCCCUGCUGAGAUCUUUCCUCAGAGCUCACAGCCAGAAGUACUAGGUGUAGCUUAGAGGGUCCCUGUGUGGGAGCCCUGACCCCUCCCCUCGUAGGGCAUGGAUCUCCUUCCUCCCUGAGCUGGAGCCUGAUGCAGGGCAGGACCCACACAGGCAGCCAGAAAACACCAGCUGACCUCCAACAAUGGAGCAAGCCGACUUGGGAGCUAGUGAGCUCCCCGUCACUAGAGGUCUGAAAGCAGAGAAUGGACAGUCUCCUAUCAGGAAGGUUCCAAAUGAUUCAUGUUCAGCUGUUGGGUGGCUGAGAUGACCUCUAUAGGCCCAGCUCCGAGACCUUGGGAGUUAAUCACUCAAGUAUGAGCAGUGCCUCCUUCCAUCUUGUCCUCCACUGCUGCCCAAGGGCUGAAUCAUGCAAGGCCUGAGAGCCCCUUCUCUGAGGCUUCCCAGGAAGGACUGGCUCCUUCCUUGCCUUUCCCCAUGCCCAGGUCCCUGCUGCUUCUCCCUUCUGUCCCUUUCUCUGCUCUUCUCCUCAGGAUGGGCUCAGAGAAGGUGGGCAUGGGUGAUGCCAACACCAGAGGCUCACCAAAAAUGUGAGUAGCCAAGGACGGAGAGGCAUGGCUGUGAUCAUACCAGGCAGGAGGAGGAAGCCCACUAGGGCAGAAAGGGUGCUGGCCUGGGAAUCAGGAGACUCCCUGGGUGACCUUCCCCAAGUCCUUCCUUCCCCGGCCUCUUUCCUCCUUUGUGAAAUAACAUUUGGAAAGAGGUGGCACAAAGUAGUGAGUCUGAGUCUAUUCAACCAGCAUUUAUUAAAGGCCCACUGUUUGCUACGCA